AUGGCCACCACUUCUAUCGGUGCCUUAUAUGCCGGUCGCUUUCUCAUUGGGCUAGCCAACGGUUAUUUCAUGACCUUUUCUCAACUCUAUAUUCAAGAAAGCAGCCCUGCGAAGUACCGAGGACUCUUUUUGACGACAUUCCAAUUCUGCACCUCGUUUGGCACCUUAAUCGGCACAAUCAUAGAUUGGGCGACGGCAAAGAGACCCGAUAAGUCGGCCUACCUUAUUCCACUGGGUAUUAUAUACGUGGUCCCAUUCAUACUCUCAAUCGCUAUGUGGUUUAUCCCCGAAUCACCCCGGUGGCUGAUUCUUCAGGGAAAAUAUGAAGCCGGAGUGAAGUCACUGCGUUGGCUUAGACCCGAUGGUGCAGAUGUUGAGUCAGAAGCAAAUGUCAUCCGUGACGCCAUCGAGAAAGAAAAAGAGUUGAAGAGCAGCGUUGGAAUAUUGGACAUGUUCAAAGACCCAGUCAAUCGGCGUAGGACAUUCCUUUCAGUCUGCGCCGUCACCCUCCAGGCUGCUUCCGGGUCAAUGUUCAUUAUUGCAUACAAGGCAUACUUUUUGCUUAUGGCGCACGUCGAUAACCCAUUUGGAAUCAGCUGCGUUCUGAGCGCGUUGGGCUUGACAGCAAUUCUGGCCAAUUCUGCAAUAGUUGUGCAUUACGGCCGCCGCAGGGUCCUUCUCAUGAGUGGCUUGUUGGUCUGUGGAAUCUUUCAGCUUAUAACAGCUGUUGUCUACGAUAAACAACCUGGAACGAAAACUACCGGAAAAGUCAUUGCCGCUCUUGCAUGCUUGUACAUGAUGAGUUAUAAUGGAAUGAUCGCAACAUAUGCCUGGUUGUCAGGAGGCGAGCUUCCCACCCAGCGGCUUCGAAGCCACACUUUUGGUCUUGCCGCGGCGGUUGGUUUCUUCGGUGCUUGGCUCACGACUUUCACGGCUCCUUACUUCAUCAAUCCAGCAUCCUUGAAUUGGGGUCCGAGAUACGGCUACAUCUGGUUUCCAUCGUGUGUCGUCUCAGCGGCUUGGGUAUUCUUUUUCCUCCCAGAGGUUAAAGGCCGUACCUUAGAGGAGAUUGAUGAAAUGUUCGAAGCCAAGUUGGCCGCUAGGAAAUUCCGAAAAUAUCAAUGUGUGGGUACGAGUGCUGUUCUUGAGCACAAGCUCGCAAGACCUAGCACUGAGGAGCAAGCCGCUGCCGAAACGACUAUUAAUACGGCAUAG